AGUAUUUGGAAAGAACAAUAAUACUGCUAAAAGGCUCCAUAGAACGAGCAAAGAAGCAAAUUGAAAGACUCGCUACACUCAAAACUUUACUUCCCCACGCCUUUGGCAGCUAUGACGCUAAAAAACACUUUCAAGAUUCAAAAGGAUUGGUAGUUCAAGCAUUACUCCCGAAACUUACAGAAGAUCAUUACCGAAUUUUCGCACUAAAAUUCCUUCGUAGUGGAAUAACCUCAAAAACAUUCUCGGACUGCUACAGAAAUGGAGUUUUGAUUUGUGAGUACAUUAAAGCACACGAUUAUUGCAAUGGAUUUGUUGGAAUUCUUGAUUAUAGAGAUAUCAGUAUGUCAGAAAUUAUAUCAGCUAUCGAUUUGUUCGAAAUCAGUGAAAUAUCUCCAAUUAUUACCGAGGGCUAUUCAAUGAGAAUUAAAGGUAUUCAUCUGAUAACGACAUCUAAAUUGGUCGAAAUCAUAAUUGGAAUAUUUAGAAAAGCAUUGGGAACCAAAGUCGGAAAUAGGAUCCAUGUGCACGCUGAUUUGGAGUCUUUGCACAAACAUGUAUCAAAGGACGUUCUGCCUGUCGAAUUAGGUGGCUCGGAAGGAUCUUUGGUUAAAUUGCAUGAUCAAAGGAUUGAAGUAUUCACAUCCAAAGAAAACUUGGAAUAUUUCGAAAGAGUUUCUAAAUUUGGCACAGAGGAGAAGUACCGACCGAAGGGACAGUUUAGCGAGCUGCACAUGGGAAUGACAGGGUCAUUCAGAAAUUUACGCGUCGACUGAUUUAAUAUAACAAAACAUCAAAGUUUUUAAUUCGCAAGUAAAUUACGUAAAAUACUGAUGGAAUUCGCUGUUUUAACAUUAAACGUAUUUGGUUUCGGGA